UUUAAGUGUACUAGCGUAGUGACAGUUCCGUAAUUCUGGUAAUAACAAGGGCCACAUUCGGAAUAUCGCUUUUUCCUUUGCUUCUGACUGACGUAGAGUGGCAUUUGCUUGUAUAUAAAGGAGAGCGUGGAAAGGCAGUUUCGAGUUGCCACAACAUUUUCCUCGUUGCUUUGAGAAGAAGAAAGGUUCGAAUCAUCUUUGCGGAAAGCCCUAGCAGAAGAAGAAAGGGUUUCAGGUUCUCACAUUUCGCUACAAUGGUCAUUGUACCAAAACUGGUGAUCAAGUUGGGGAAAGGAGUUUUCGUCGCGAACGGCUCCAGAAAGCGUGGAGCUGAAGAAAUAGAUGAUAUUCAGACAAAGAAGAAGCCGAAGGUGAAACAGGACCAGAGUGUGACUCCGCAUUGUUCUGUCCUACUUGAAUCGGCGAUGGAGCAUCGCUUCGGGUGGGUCUUCUACGAGCCCGUCGAUCCUGUGAAACUAAAUCUUCCCGAUUACUUCUCGGUCGUUUCUGAGCCGAUGGAUUUCAAAACCAUCGAACGCAAGAUUGAGAAGAACGCAUACGGUACCGUGGACGGGUUCGCAAAUGACGUCAGAUUAAUCUUCUCCAAUGCGAUGUUGUAUAAUCCGCCGGAGAAUUUGGUCCACAAGAUGGCGAAGGAGCUGAAGGAGUUCUUCGAGGCUGUUUUCUUGGAUAAGACAAGAUCCGAAACACAAGCACUCUCUCCUGUCUCAACGUUAGACCCAACAGUAGAGAAGACCAGAAAGAAUGCAACAACAAAGCAGAGACUUGUUAAAAAGCUCAAUCACGGCCCUGUUGGAACCCAUUUGACUCUGAAACGUUGCUCUAAACUUGCCAAUGUUGGUUGUGAUCGUGAAAAUGGGGCUCCAAAUUUUGAUGCCGGCCAUUGUGGUUCAUGCUGCAUGGUUACUACUGACAGUAGCCUCCAGUUCCGUAGCACGACUGGCAAAGAUCUCGACUUAGAAACCGGCAGCGCAUCAUCAUCAAUAACUGCAGAUUGUAUGGCAAAGAGAAAUUCAGGUUCACAGCAUACCAGCAAGCCAAAUCCACAUCCUGAUGGAUCUGUCAUUUCUGUUAAUGAGGACGAUGGUCGUUGUCUUUGUUCUUCUCAACCUCGCACAAGUAUUUCACCAGACCCGCAGGGGAAAACAACAGCAAUUGGCGUGUCCUUAUCUCCAAAGAGAGCUCUUCGUGCUGAAUUACUCAAGAGCCGAUAUGCUGACACAAUCCUGAAAGCCAGAAAAGUCCUUGGCCACACUAGCAAAACCGAUCCAAAGAAUAAACAACAAGAGAAAGAAGAGCUAGAAAGAAUGCAGCACAAAGAAAAACCUAGAAUUGAAGCUAAGGUUGCAGUAUGAAAGACGGAGCAGCAAAUGCAACGGGAGAGACAACGGCUCGCUCUACAGAAAAUGGAAGAAGCUGCCAAGAUAGAACAAGAGGGCAACAGGGUGGUGGAGAGGGAACUGGAGCAACUCGCUCUCCGUAGUAUGAGGAGUCCUCGGCUGCUCGAGAAGCUUGGUCUAUUUCUGAAAGAGGAUGAUGGUCUCGAUGAUACUGAGUCAGAAUCGUCUGUUUUGGUGGCAGAUCUUGAGGAAGGGGAGAUAUUCUAGAGUUCUUUGAUUGCAUACUCUGAUGUAAAUUUUGA